CAUUCUUUGUUUGAGUUGUUUUAUUUUCGCGUCUCUCUCUAUCUCUCACUCGACCUUUCGAUCCCCGAUCGCGAUCUCCGAUCUCCGGCUUGGAUUGUCCUGUUUCUCCCCGGCGAGGCUUCCUCGUAGCGAUGAAGAAAAAAAGCCUUGACGUCUUCGAUUUCAGCGAAGAGGACGAGCUCGCCGAGUCCGCUUCUGGAAAGCUGUUGGAGAAAUUCGCAAACCCUAGCCCGUCCAUUUCUCCGGUUCUCCAACGCCAACGGAUCCAAAGCUUGUGCCAAGACAAACCUGAUCAGAAAGAAGAAGUGGAGGAAGGUGCAAGUUGUGCAGAGGCUGCUACUGCUGUAGUCGAUGGUCAUUGUGAAGAUGCUCCUGCUUUAGUAACAGAAGCUGAGGAUUCUACUAGAGACCAUUUGAUCGAGUCGGAUGUAGAUCAUGUUAAUCAUGGAUUGGCGUUUGGUUUGAGUAACGAUGAUCAUGCAAAAGAAGCAGGUGUAGAUGAUGAUAAUCAUGGAUUGAUGUUUGGUUUGAACACUGAAGAACAUAUUAAAGAAACUGAAGAUCAUGGACUGGGAAGUUUCUCUUGCCAGCCAAGCGCGGAAAGUUUUUACCCCGAAGCUUCAUCUUAUAGUCAACCCCAGCUGAACUCCCCCCUUUCAGACUCUUCUUCGUCCAGUGAGGAGGAGCAAACUGAUAUGAUGUCAGCUAUUGAUGAAAGUUUGAGUGAUCGAUCCGCAUUGAGUGACGAUUCUGAUUCGGAAGGUGAUGAAGAUUGGAUGGCUGAACGUUGCUUGGAUGAUAUUGAAAAGAUCGACAGAAGCACGACUGUUAUCAUGAUUCCAGAGUAUGUUGUACUUAAGGAUAUGCCUUCUGCUGCAUCUCUGGUCAUCUUUUCCUGCAAUGAUAUCAAUCAUUCUUCAGAUCAUGUGGUUACUCUUCAGAUUGGAUUGCCUAACUCGGUGGAUGAUGAUUCGAACACAACUUCUGAUCAUCAUCAGAAAGUAGGUGUCCUGUCCUGUGGUUUUUCUACUCUAUGGCAGGUUGAGGAUGUUCUGUUUGAACCUGUUAGAAAAACCCAAGAUGCCAUGUUCUUUUUUAAGUCACCUGAUGGGACGUGGAUGCCAUGUGCCCCUAAACAGUCUGGUGUCUUUCAUUCAGAUUACAAUGCAGGAUUUAGCAGAAAAAGGGCUCGACCAAAAGAGAACUACGUCUCUUGCGAGUCUCAGAUCAGUUGACAGUAAUUCCAUGUCUAUCAAGUCAUAUACUUGGAGUGGUUUAGGGGAAAGCGUAUCCGAAAAUGCUCAAAAUAUAGGAAGCCAGCAGCAAGAUAAAACAUCUGCUCCUGUUCCUUUAGUAACAGAGUCUACCAAGGCUCCUCUAUUGAUUUGUUUCUUAGAAUUGGGAACUUGAAGACGGUGUAGGUUAAAGGUAUUACAGUUGCUGUUUAUUGUUCGUGAAGUCCUGAAGAAAUUAGAAUGAGUGACUGUUCGAUUGGUUUGCUUGACUGGUUGGUUAAUGCUGCUGUUUGAUAAUGCACAAAGAAUUUCGAAAUGCU